GGAAUUUGGUGACAUUUAAAGCCUGAGUCUGCAUGGGACAUUUCCAUUUUGCAUUCAGAGUCUGUUGCAGCCAUGUUGGUUUUCUCCUGGUCUCUCGUCGCCCUGCUGCUGGUGUCCUCUUCCUGGGCCGAGGAAGAUGUAGCUACCCUUGAGGAAGACUUUUUAAAGGAGCUGCCGGUCGGUCAACUGCUGGAGAGAGCCAACAGAGACCGCACCCCUGACCUUGACGAGCCCACCCUGAUUGGAGGAGACAUCGCUGUGAAGCCAGGGGCCGACAAAAACGCCGACCCCUGCACCUCCAGAGGCUGCCUGUGGCUCAAGAAUGCCGAUGGGAAGGUCUACAUUCCCUACUACAUUGCCAACCACUACUCCUCCCGUGAAGCGGCCAUCAUCACUCGUGGACUGGAGUCUUUCUCUUCAGUUUCUUGCAUCCGUUUCAGACCCUACCAGAACGGUGAUCACGAGUGGCUGAGCAUCGAGUCCAGGAACGGCUGCUACUCCUACGUGGGUCGUCAGGGUGGUGCUCAGACUGUGUCUCUGGCCCGUAGUGGAUGUCUGUACCACAGCACCGUCCAACACGAGCUGCUCCACGCCCUCGGCUUCAACCAUGAACAGACCCGCUCGGACAGGGACAACCACAUCAAGGUGUACUGGGAAAACAUCCAGGAUGGAAUGGCGUACAACUUCAACAUAAUCAACACUCUGAACCAGGGAACUCCUUAUGACUACAACUCUGUCAUGCAGUAUGAGAAGUAUGCCUUCUCCAAGAACAACCGCCCCACUAUGAUGCCCAUUCCUGACCCUAACGUAUCCUUCGGCCAGGCCACCCAGAUGAGCAGGAAUGACAUUGAUAGGCUGAACAGGCUGUACAAAUGCUGAUCGGCACGUGACCUUCGACCUGGCGCCCUGAUGACAUCAGAGCAUGCUGAUGAAGCAGAUUAAGGGUGUUUGGGUGGAUGGCAGUUUGGGUUGUCCUGUAACAAUAAAUCUGUAAUCUUCAUAAGAACACUGCUUGCUGCCGGACCAUUUCAAAGACCAUAGGCACUGUGUAGAUUCUGGGGAUGUUAACGAGACACAUUUUAUAUCCCAUGCGAUUUUAUUUUCAUAUCACAUAAAAGAAAAAGAAAAAAUCAAUCAUCACAGUAGUUAAGUAGUUUGAUGGCUUCUGAUUUGAAAAUAAAGCAAGUUCCCUUGCAGUA